UUCACCCCGUUUUCCCAGUUUAACCAUCAGUACAGAGGUGCAGACUGGAUGUCUUUAACUCUAGAGAGAUGAUUUCAAUGUUUAUCUGAGGAUUUGUUGAUUUUUUAACAGCUGAUGAGCUUCUGGGUCUGACCCGUCAAUUAUAUUUUCAACAACCGAAGCCUUUUCGUAAUGAUAUGUUCAAGUGUCAGCGUUUCUAUCGACCAGUUCUACCGGUUGUUCCCGGCCCCAAUGCAAGGCUUACUUCGCAGUGGGAGUGAGCCUUGUCGCCGCGGUGACUGAGCGCUCCGUCCGCCUCUCAGCUCAGCUUCUCCGCGGAAAACCAACAUAAAACACCGCCGAGGGUCAAUUCACUUUCCCUGGGUGUAUUUUACGACAACAGUGUCAAUGAUAUGCACCGCCGUCGGACAGACACACAAGUGCUGUGAUUUUGACUGGGGAAGGUAACGCACCCUAACCAGGAAUCCCUGCAGCAGGUGUUUCUGAGAAAUAAUGAAAAACUAGUCUCAGUUUUAGCACAAGAGAGAAUUUUGGACCAUCCAAGCCACCUUACUGGAUGGUGACUCUCAGUCACGCAUUAGGAAAUAUGAUUGUCCUGGCCUGACUCCUUUCCCAUCGCAAAGGUUUGGUCAUUCAUAAUGCAUAACCCAGCUGCAGAGACUGUGGCAGCUUACCCCAGUGGGAGUGUGGUGCUGGAUAAAGAUGCCAACCCAGAGACAACCUUGGGGAGUGCGUACUCUCCUGUGGACUACAUGAGCAUCACCAGCUUCCCCAGGCUGCCCGAAGAUGACAUGGCUUCUGGGGAAAACACCCUGAAAUCCCGCAAGGAUGAUGACAAUAUCCUAAGCGAACAAGACACAGAUCCAGAUCUGUUUCUGAGGUCUGCUCGGCUUCAGCGCCUCCCUUCAUCUGCAUCUGAUCUGGCCAGCCACGAUAUUGCUUCCCUUCGUGAGACCAACACGGACCCUUUCACUGAGGAAUGCGCCUGUCAAAGAGACGGACUGACCGUCAUCAUCACAGCAUGUCUCACCUUUGCUACAGGGGUCACUGUAGCCCUCAUCAUGCAGAUCUACUUUGGUGAUCCUCAGGUCUAUAGCCAAGGAGCAGUGGUGACCGAUGCGGCUCGGUGUACAUCUCUUGGAUUUGAUGUUCUGGGGAAGCAGGGGUCCAGUGUUGAUGCUGCUGUGGCUGCUGCUCUCUGUUUAGGAAUCGUUCACCCUCACACAUCUGGCAUAGGAGGUGGGGGUGUCAUGUUGGUGCACAACAUCCGUAAAAAUGAGACAAGAGUCAUUGACUUCAGAGAGACGGCACCGUUUGCUAUCCAUGAGGACAUGUUGCAGACAAACCUGGAUAUUAAUACUGGCUUGCUGGUAGGAGUCCCUGGUAUGCUCAGUGGGAUGCAUCAGGCACACCAGCUCUAUGGCAGGAUGUCAUGGAAGAAUGUCGUUGCAAUGGCAGCAGAUGUGGCUCGAAAUGGAUUUAAUGUCACUCAUGACUUUGCCGAAGCUCUCUCAAAUGUAAAGAACGACAACAUGUCGGAAGCGUUUCAGAAUCUGUUUCUUCCCAACGGCAACGUUCCCCCCUCUGGGUUAUUUAUCCAACGGCAUGAUUUGGCAGACAUUUUGGAAGCUGUUGCAGUUAAAGGGAUAUCAGAGUUCUAUAGUGGGAAGAUUGCACAGGAAAUGGUGACUGCAGUGCAAAAGAAAGGUGGUGUACUCACAGAAGAGGACUUAGGAAACUAUAGCAUAGUACUGCAAGAGCCAGCAGAGGUCACCUAUCAAGGACAUCAUGUCAUGGCGUCAUCAGCCCCUCAUGCAGGGGUUGCUUUGAUCGCUGCGCUAAAUAUUCUUGAAGGCUACAACAUUACCAGCCAAAUGUCCAGGAACAGUACCGUGCAUUGGAUUGCAGAGGCCUUAAAAAUAGCUCUGGGCCUGGCCAGUGGGCUUGGUGACCCACUGUAUGACAGCUCUGUGACAGAAACUGUUGAUAAGAUGUUGAGUAAAUCCCAGGCUUCCCUACUUCGCCAGCUGAUCAGCGACUCCGAAGCAAAUCCUGUCAGUCACUACACUUCUGCGUUCAGCUUGGAGAAAGGUGCAGCUGCUGCCCAGGUCAUGGUCAUGGGUCCAGAUGACCACAUUGUGUCAGUCAUGAGCUCUCUCAACAAACCAUUCGGGAGUGGUAUAGUGACUUCAUCAGGAAUCCUGUUAAAUAGCCAGAUCCUGGACUUCUCUUGGGCUAAUAAAACGCUGAGUUCAUCACCUAACCCACAUAACAACCUCCAGCCUGGAAAAAGGCCUAUGUCCUUCCUGAUGCCCACUGCAGUGAGGCCAGCAGUAGGGCUGUGUGGCACGUAUGUAGCUGUUGGAUCAUCUAAUGGGGAGAAAGCUCUCAGUGCCAUCACACAGGUGCUGAUGAAUGUUCUCUCUUCACGUAAAAACAUGAACGACAGCUUAGCUUAUGGGAGACUCCACCCACAGCUGCAGCCAGACACCCUCCUGGUGGACUCUGAGUUUUCAGAGGACGAAGUGGAGCUGCUUCAGGUCAAGGGCCAUAAAGUGGAGAGGAUGGACGUGCUUUCAUUAGUUGAGGCCACUCGGAGAACCAAUGACCUCAUUAUCGCUGUCAAAGAUCCCCGUAGUGCAGAUGCCUCUGCCCUUUCUCUGCCCAAUGUUCCUUAGUGCAACCCCUAAAUGCAAAUGCUUUCGUAGAAAACUACAGACUGGAAGUUACCGAGGUUGUUGAUUAACUCAUUAAAAUACACCAAAAGUACACUCUCAGUACUUUUUACAGCAUGUUACUAAUGUUUUAGUCCAGAAGAACUUUAUGCUGCUUUCUCUGAGGUGACCUAAUGGGAACCUGAAAACGGCUGAUUAGUUCAGAAUAAACACUACAAACUAGCACCACCUAAAAUAGCAUGUGAAGUGGACGUUCUUGCACAGCCUCAAUUAUUCCAGUCCCAUGCUUCAAAGUGUUUGAACUGUACAUUCCUGGCCUUCGCAGCUUCAUUGUUUGCUGCGUGUGUUUUACAAAUCUAGGAACAAACAUGUAACGCAUGUUGGUAAAUUAGUCUCACUUAGUUCUUUUAAAGAGAACAUUUGCUCGUUUUUUUUAGGAGAAAAACGGAUGAGGGAGUUGCUGUUUUAACAGUUAUGGUGAAUGUGGACACUAACAACACACAAACACUAGUGACCUUCUUAACAGGGUGUUUGAGAGUGUUGCUUAGUUAGCGGUGCAAAAUUCAGAGUUUAUUUCUGAAAAAUUCACAGUUUCUUUACAGGAGACUUUGAAGGAAGGAAAACUGGCAAAGAAGAACCAAGAAAUCCUCACGUGCAGCUAAUUUCUUGAUUGUAGUGCAGUUAGGUCAUCUUUUAGCCGGACAAAGUCUCUGCUGCAUUUCACAACUGCUUUACAAAAUAUAUAAUAUAGAUAUUUUGUGAUGAUUUACAUCAGUAAUUGGCCAGUGCUCCCGUAUACCUGAAUGUGACCGUCCAGCUCUGCACACGUUCACUCUCUUGCUUUUAUUUGAAGAGUUACUGUGAUUUGAUGUUUGCAGCAGCUGCUAAAGCUUUCAGUGUUAUAAUCAGACAAUACCACCCUGGUGUCCUGUAAGACUUUUCAAACAAGUUCUAGAAAGUAGAUGUCAAACUCCCUGUAUUUUAAAAACUUUCCUUUUAAUAUAAUGAUUCUAAUGAAGUUUAUUAGUUUUUUUUUUUUGUCACGUUGUUGGUCUAUGGUUUUGUUUGCACAUUGUUUUGUGAUUUACGUUUUAUUGGUUUACUUUCAAAAAUGAUAGAAUCAAUCUGUAUUUGUAUUUUCAUACGAAAUUAUUUGCUAAGUCUAUUUACUGUUAUGAAAGUGGAUCCAUCCCACACAUCUUAGACAAGAACAUUUUUUUUUUUAGUAAUUAAAUUGUAAUUUUGUAAUUAUUUUUUUUAAAUUAAUCUCGCCCAUACAUGAACUGAAUGGAAGUUAAUUUUUAUUCUGUUUCUUGUUAAAUAUCAGUGCAAUAUGAUUGUUGAUGGGGUUUUUGUGUGAUAUUUCAUAAGGCACACUUUUGCACGUUUGAUUUAUGGUUUUCAUCAACAAUUGCUCAAAUCCAAAAAAUAAAAA